UUCUCCCUUUCGCGCGCUUCUUCGGCCAAAUCCCGUAAAUCCGCCGAACCGAGGGAUUUAGUAAAUCCCGGAUUUAUGCCGUAAAUCCUUAAAUCCGGGAUUUAUCCAUCGCCGGGAUUUAAAGCGCGCACAAAAACCAUUUGGCUGGAUUUAGCUUAAAUCCCGCUGUAAAUCCGACACCAAACAGCCCCUUUGUCUUGCGCGAACCUCAGAUCCAUGUUUCCGCCUAGCUUCAUCCUCAUCAUCCCAAUCAUCCAGGUCGCUUCUAACGUCUUCUCCUCGCCCAGCGUCGCUGCUUGAGAAAUUCUGUUUGGUGGUGCAGUAGAAUAAAUGAGAGUUGUAGGUGGUAUAGUACAACAAUAUGUGUGAUCCUUUUAAUGGUGAAUAUCAUGUUUCUUAUGGCCAGUCUUCACCAGAACCUGUUCCUCCAGAUAUGAGACCAUCUUAUAUUGAUGGGAAUGAUGAUGCGGCAUUUUGGACUACUUCUACUGAUUCAUUAGUGCGGCAUCAAUUUCGAAGAGGUUCAAGUGCGAGGAUAUUAAAAGAUGAUGCCAAUAAUACUCUCCUUGAUCACGAACUCAUGGAACUGUCCUCCAAAGUUCAGCAACAAGAAGAGGAGAUCAUGUUUCUUCGCAAACAAAUCAGAGAUGCUGGUUCAAAGGAGCUUCAGCUGUUGAAUGAAAAGCAUGUCUUGGAAAGAAAACUUUCUGAACUUGGAACGGCAAUUGAUGAAAAGCAGGAUGAUGCCAUAUCUGACUCAAUGAAGGAACUUAGUCAAAGAAAAGGUUGCAUUAAGGAGAAGUUAAAACUAACAAAUGAGUUAAAAGUUACCGAGGAAGAGGUGUAUUUAUUUACAUCAUCAUUGCUAGGUUUUUUGGCGGAGUAUAACAUACGAGUCCCCAUAAUAAAUGCUUCGACAGUUACCAACAGUACUCAGCGUCUUUUUCAGCAUAUGAAAUGGAAGAUGGGUUCUAAUGCUGGUAUUAGUGAGAUGCAACUGCUUUUAGGAAAUCAACCUGGUGUUGAAAUCUCAAAUAAUGGAAAGCUUGCCACAUUGGCCAGAAGGCCCCUUUCUCAACCGGGUUUGGACUCUAACAUGAAUGAGUUUCAAGGAUAUGAUAAGUAUCCAUUUGAUUUCCCUGUGGAGGGAACACCAAAGUUAAAACAUAUUCCACCUUUGGCUGUGAUGAAUGCCAAUGGGUUAAAUAAUGCUGCUCCUGACUUUGGUUACCAAUUCAUUAUGGAUCAGCCAAGGGAGUUACAGUCUGCAAUGUAUAAGGAAGUUGGAGGCGCUGCUACUCCCAAUGUUCUUGAAAACAAUGCUGUUGAGGCUGCACAUAGAGGAGAGACCGUUGAUCCGAAUUUCUAUAUACCCUCCCCACUUGAGACACAAGCUUCUCCUUUCACAGAAGUAGGUGAGGUCUCUUUACCUGGUAUAGAUGUAUUUCAAAUUAUCGGUGAGGCUAAACCAGGUUGCACUUUAAGAGCAUGUGGCUACCCCACUAAUGGGACCUAUCUUUGUAUCUUUCAGUGGGUUCGUCAUCUUGAAAAUGGCACUAGGCAAUCAAUUGAAGGAGCAACUGUUCCUGAUUAUGUUGUUACUGCUGAUGAUGUUGACACUUAUCUCGCCGUGGAUUGUAUCCCAAUGGAUGAGAGUGGUCGCCAGGGUGAAUUGGUUAGUCUUUUUGCCAACAAUCAGAACAAAAUUACUUGUGACUCAGACAUGCAGCAUGAGAUUGAAACUCAUCUUUCUUCCGGAAGAGCGGUUUUUAAUGUUAUGUUGUUGCAGAUAGAUUCUUCAGAGGCUUGGGAACAAACAACUAUGUUUUUGAAACGAUCUGGUUAUCAGAUUAAAGUUAGUCGUACGCAGCAUGUGGUGAUAGAAGAAAAAUAUUCACCGGAGUUAUAUAUUAAAGUACCAAAUGGGCAGUCAACACAAUUUGUGCUAAUUGGAUCGGAUGGAACUACCUUGCCUUUCAGUACAAGUGGAACUUCUCAGCCUCAUAGCUUGGAGAAUGAUAUACGAUUGCGAGAUAUUAUUGUCUUGUCUAUGAGAUACUUCCAAUCUAAGUUUUUUGUGGUAAUUUUAAUUCUGUACAAAUAAGCUUAGAAUGUAAUAUAGGCUGUGAUACUAUUUUGCUCACUUGUACAUACUUUUUGGCUUCUAAAAUGUUUCAUAUUGUACUAAUAAAAUAAGAAACGAUAAGCAGAAAGGCCUUGAAUCUCUCAGUGCACCUAAUUGGUGUGAAUGAAACCAUUGACAGUUAUUCAACCUGUAGCUGAAUAAAUAUUUCUUCAAUUUUAAUCUUCCCAGUUUCCUGCAGAAA